AUCCCAUCCCCUGGAAAAAAAUCCCUCUUUCUCUUUCUCUUUCUCUUUCUCAGUCUCAGACUCUCUAGUCUUCACUCCUACUUUCCGCUCUGUCCAAUCCAAUGGAGGAUCAGGAUUCCAAUCCGGCCAAAGAAGUCGCCCGCGACGUCUUCCCUUUCCUCCGAGUCUACAAAGACGGAACCAUCCAGCGACUCGUCGCCACCGAGUCACUCCCGCCGGGUCUCGACUCGGAAACCAACGUCGUCUCCAAGGACGUCGUCAUCUUCCCCGAAACCGGCGUCUCCGCCAGGCUCUACCUCCCCAACUCCGCCGUCGCUGCAGCCGACGACGAACCAAUCAGCAGGAAGAAGCUCCCCCUUGUUGUCUACUACCACGGAGGCGGAUUCUUCGCCGCCUCCACCGCCUCCAGAGAGUACCACUCUGCUCUCAACCGCAUCGUCGCCGCAUCGAACGUCAUCCUCGCCUCCGUCGAUUACCGCCUCGCGCCGGAGAAUCCGAUUCCGGUUCCCUACGCCGAUGCAUUCGCCGCGCUUGAGUGGAUCGCUGGCGCCGGAGGCCGCAGCGAGCCCUGGCUCAGAGAUCACGCCGAUUUGGACAGAGUGUACUUGGCAGGUGACAGCUGCGGGGCGAACAUGUCCCACCAUUUCGCACUAAAGUUGAGCGGGUCGGGUCGGGCGCUGAGAAUCCGAGGGGUGGCGAUGAUCCACCCGUAUUUCUGGGGGAAGGACCCGAUCGGCGCGGAAGUCGGUGACGGGUUCAGGAAGGCGAUGGUGGAUAACUGGUGGCUUUUCGUUUGUCCGUCGGAGAAAGGGUGCGACGACCCGCUGAUCAACCCGUUCGUCGAGGAGGGAAACGGGUCGGGUCUUCAGAAGUUGGGUUGCGAGCGGGUUAUCGUGGUGGUGGCGGGGGACGAUAUUUUGAAGGAUCGGGGGAGGCUCUACUACGAGAAAUUGGUGGGGUCCGGGUGGAAAGGGAAAGCGGAGUAUUUGGAGACCGAAGGGAAGGAUCACGUGUUCCAUAUUAUCCAGCCUGAUUGUGAGGAGGCCAAGAUUGUUUUCAAGCGCCUGGGUGCAUUUUUUAAUGACGACUCUUGAGGCGAUAUGUUGAUGGUUACAAAAGAUUGGUGACGAGUGGUCGAAUGAACUUUGGAUUAUUUUGUUUUGUGUUUUCGUAUGCUUGAUGUUGGUGUUUGUAGACAUGAAUUGGAAACCAAGACUUUAAGCUCUGACGAAUGAAGUGGAUUGGUGAAAUUUGCUCGAAUUGUUUGGGGAUCAACAAAAUUGAUUAGUUUUGUACUG